CUGGUCGAGGCGGGGUACCCGCAGGAGAUCGCGUACUUCGAGUGCCUGCACGAGCUGAAGAUGAUCGUCGACCUGAUGUACCAGGGCGGCCACAAUUACAUGCACUUCUCGGUCAGCGACACUGCCGAGUACGGCUCGCUAAGCCGCCGCGACCGGAUCAUCGACGAGCACGUCCGCGAGAAUAUGAGGGCAGUGCUGAAGGAGAUCCAGGACGGCACCUUUGCCCGCGAGUGGAUCGCCGAAAACGACGAGGGCCGCCCCCGGUUCGUCCCCAUGCGCGAGGCGGCGCAGAACGCCCCCAUCGAGGGCAUUGGCAAAGAACUGCGCGCCAUGAUGCCCUGGAUGGACCCGAAGUAG